CUAUUUGCUGCUUCUCUCUAUAGAUACGACACUCUCUUGCAAGCCCUUCUCUAAACUCUAUAGCUUCUCUCUCUCUCUGGAAGCAAAACACACGCCUUGACUCAAUAGAAGCAGAGUGCUCUGUUCUUUGUAAGCUCAUUCAAGCUUGCGAUUGAAAAUCAGGAAACCACAAUCAAGCCUAGAAACAGGAGAAUCAUGGGUGCAGGAGGACCUGAUGAUGAUGUCAACAAGUGGCCUCUUUGGCUAAAGCCUCUCUUAAAGGAGAGUUUCUUUGUUCAAUGCAAGUUACAUGCUGAUUCUCACAAGAGUGAAUGCAAUAUGUAUUGCUUGGAUUGCAUGAAUGGGCCUCUUUGCUCUCUCUGCCUUGCCUACCAUAAGGACCAUCAAGCAAUUCAGAUAAGGAGGUCCUCAUACCAUGAUGUAAUAAGAGUAUCUGAGAUACAGAAAGUAUUGGACAUUUCUGGUGUCCAAACUUAUGUAAUCAACAGUGCAAGAGUUGUUUUCUUGAAUGAAAGGCCUCAGCCUAGGCCUGGCAAAGGCGUAACAAACACCUGCGAGGUCUGCGAACGCAGCCUUCUUGAUUCUUUCCGUUUCUGCUCUCUGGGUUGCAAGAUUGUUGGGACAUCAAAGAAUUUUCAGAAGAAGAAACGACAAAGAGCAAUGAUGUCGGAUUCAGAAGACACUUGCAGCAGCAGCAGUAGCCAUGGCCAAUACAAGAACAAAAAGCAUAACAAUAAUGAGAAAGUGCAAAGCUUUUCUCCGUCCACGCCACCUCCGACGUCAGUUAGUUGCCGGAAUGCCAAGCGGAGAAAGGGUAUCCCCCACCGUGCUCCGAUGGGUGGACUAAUCAUAGAAUACUAGCACUAGUCUUUGUUGACUGGCGUCAGAGAUUUAGUGCUUUUUAGUAAGCGUGUAUAUAGAAGCACCUGCAAAAUAUAAGUAGUAAUAGUUGCAAGGAGAAAAAAAAAAGAUAGAGUAAAGGUUUGAUGCUUAAUUUUACUCUUGUGUUUAUUAAAAAAAAGUUUAAUUUUGUUUAUUUUUAA